UUUGACAGCAGCAAAGCAGCAAAAGGUUCGGUGCUAACCUUCGACACGGUUUUCUGCGCUCCGAGGACCACCGGUUUGUAUUUUGCUGAAAGAUGGUGGCUUCGUCCGACACUGGAGGCGUGAAGCCGAUGUCCAUCACGGGUCGCAUGGUCCGUGAACGCGAGCGGCUUCUGGGGAUGAGCGCGGAAGAACGGGCCUGGAGAGCGCAGUGGAUGAAGGAUCAGAAAUUAUCACCGAACGAACCGAAAUACGUGCCGGAAUAUUGGAGGGAGCGAUACAACCCGAUCCGUCGUGCCUACCGCGCUCCGCUAGAUCUUGUCCAGAAGUCUCUGACUCCCGUCAUUGGGCUUGAAUGGGCACACGCAAUCCGCUUCUGGACCGGAAAAAUAGCUCUGAGCGCUUUCGCCAUCCUUGCGACGACGUACUAUUUCAAGUACAACCAGAACGAUUGGACUCGCAAGGGAGGCUGGCGCGUAAUUCAUUCUCGUGAAGCGGUAGUGCCAGGAGAUCCGGGCUAUCCCAACUUCCCGAAGCGCGAGUCGCCUUCCGAAUACGCCGCCAGAGGAUUUAAGCAGUCUCCGAUCUAAGAUCUACCAAACUGUUCCAAUGGUUGGUCUAUUCGUAUCUGUGUAGAUAAUAAAUCGAAAUGAAUGAAACAUCC